ACGUCAAAUGUAAGAUAAAGUAAUUCUUUAUUUUAUAUCAAAACUAUUUGUCGCUUGUAUCUUACAUAACCAAACCAAACAAACCCCUUAAAUGGACAAUUAUUUUGGAACUGAGCAUUAAUUUUUUAAUCUCCAAGAUCUUAGCCUUUAAAUUCUCAGCCGUCCCCUCCCUUUUCACUUCUUCCUUUGCUUCCCCAUACAUAUUGGGAGAGAAAUAGGAGAGCACUUUCCACUUUCCACUUGCCACUUGCCAAUCGGAACACUCCAAUUUCUUCUCGAAACCCUAAAAAGAUAAACUCAAAAUCUCUCCAGAAAAUGAUCAAUUUCCGUCCACCGGAGACCCGAACACGGCCGCCAGCCGGUACAAGUUCCGGUCCGAGCACCGCCGUUACGGCGGAGAAAGCGUUAUCCUUUAUCUCAAAAGGAUGGCAAGAAGUCCGAUCAUCGGCGGACGCAGAUUUACAACUGAUAAAAAACCGAGCUAACAAGUUCAAAAACAUAGCCGAUAGAGAACUGGAAAAUUUCCUAAAUUCAGCUUCAAUUUCGCCCUUUACAGGUCCAGUAAUUACGGCAUCUGCCGCUAAUACUCCGCCGGCGGAGAUUGAUUUCGUGAAGAAGCUACGACCGAAGUUAUCAGAGUUUCGUAGAGCGUAUUCGUCUUCGCAAGGGAAGCUGAAGAUUGAUUUAUCAGCGAUUAAGAAUGCGAUUGUGGCGGAGGUUGAAGAGGAAGAGGAGAGGGAGAGGGAGAGGGAGAGGGAGAGAUGGCGGAAGUGGAGGAAUGAGAGGAUUAAGGAAGAGAGAGGGCAAUUUGGGGAAUUUGAUUGGGAGCCUAUUAGAGCUUUUAAGACUAGGUUAAAGGAGCUGGAGGUGGAGAUAAAGGGAACAAGUUCGUCGCCGGCGGAAAUUUUUGAAGGGAUUAAGAACAGUGAAUUUGUUGGGAAAGUGAAAUCAAGCUUGAAAUCAAUUUGCAAGGAACCAGAAGAGACAAAGGGAGUGCCACCACUUGAUGUGCCUGAACUAUUGGCAUAUUUAGUUAGACAAUCGAGCCCAUUUUUGGAUCAAAUUGGAAUAAGAAAAGAUGUAUCGGAGAAGAUUGUGGAAAGUUUAUGCAGCAAAGGACAAAACAAGUUUUUGCUACAUUCCUUACCCGGAGGAGGGUCCUCAUUGAUUGAUGGUGAUAUUAUGAGUGAUGAACUAGAUUUAAGAAUCGCCAGUGUUCUUCAGAGUACUGGUCAUUGUUAUGAUGGUGGAUUUUGGGAAGAUUCCACCAAGCAGCACCUACCAGGUGAUAAGAGACAUGUAGCAAUAGUUACAACUGCUAGCCUUCCUUGGAUGACAGGAACUGCUGUAAAUCCUCUAUUCCGAGCGGCUUACUUAGCCAAAUCCGAAAAGCAGAAUGUUACCUUGCUGGUUCCAUGGCUAUGUAAGUCUGACCAAGAGUUGGUUUAUCCAAACCAACUUACUUUUAGUUCUCCUGAAGCUCAAGAGCUUUAUAUACGCACUUGGCUCGAGGAACGAAUUGGUUUCAAGGCUGACUUCAAAAUUUCAUUUUACCCUGGAAAGUUCUCCAAAGCAAGGCGGAGUAUAUUACCAGCUGGAGAUACUUCUCACUUUAUCCCAUCUAGGGAUGCAGAUAUUGCAAUUCUGGAGGAGCCAGAACAUCUCAAUUGGUACCACCAUGGAAAACGUUGGACUGAUAAAUUUAACCACGUCGUUGGCAUUGUUCACACAAACUAUUUGGAAUAUAUCAAGAGGGAAAAGAAUGGGGCUCUUCAAGCCUUUUUUGUGAAACAUAUCAACAAUUGGGUCACAAGAGCAUAUUGCGACAAGGUUCUUCGUCUUUCUGCUGCUACGCAAGAUUUACCCAGAUCUUUGGUCUGCAAUGUUCAUGGUGUCAAUCCAAAGUUUCUGAAAAUAGGAGAAAAAGCAGCUGCAGAUAAACAAAGUGGCCAGAAAGUUUUCUCUAAAGGGGCAUAUUUCUUGGGCAAAAUGGUUUGGGCGAAGGGAUACCGGGAGUUGAUAGAUCUCUUAUCAAAGCACAAAACUGAGUUUGAUGGCUUUAAUUUGGAUGUAUUCGGCAAUGGGGAAGAUGCUCAUGAAGUACAGAGUACGGCAAAGAGGUUGAAUCUCAAUGUCAACUUCAUGAAAGGCAGAGACCAUGCAGAUGAUUCUCUUCAUGGUUACAAAGUCUUCAUAAAUCCUAGUAUAAGUGAUGUGCUCUGUACUGCGACAGCCGAGGCUCUUGCAAUGGGGAAAUUUGUAGUCUGUGCGGAUCACCCAUCUAAUGAGUUUUUCCAGGCAUUUCCCAACUGUUUGACUUACAAGACACCUGAAGACUUUGUAGCAAAAGUUGAAGAGGCAAUGUCUAGCGAGCCUCGACCUCUCACUCCUGAGGAGCAAUACAAGCUAUCAUGGGAAGCUGCUACACAGAGGUUUAUGGAAUAUUCCGACAUUGAUAAGAUUUUGAGUAGUGAAACAACUCUGGACAGGAGACGUCGGAAGGGCAUGGGUAAAUCAGUUUCCAUGCCAAACCUAGAAGGGAUGGUUGAUGGGGGUCUGGCAUUUGCUCACAAUUGGCUCACAGGGAACGAGUUCUUGAGGUUGUGUACCGGCGCAAUACCCAGAAGUCGGGAUUAUGACAAAGAGCAUUGCAAUGAUCUCCAUCUAUUGCCUCCUCAGGUACAAAACCCAAUAUAUGGUUGGUAAAUAGAAUACAUAACUGACAUGUAUAUCAUUAUUUCUGAUAUGUAUUAUAGGAUACGUUAAGCAAACUGGAUGCUUGUUAAUCCUCAGCUCCAAUGCUAACGCUCCAGGUCUUGAUGCUUUCUAGCUGUUGAUGCAGUUAAACCUGCAGGUAUAGUUUAUAGGAUCAUACGUAAAGUUUGUAACUUGUAAUAGUCGUACCUCUCCUGUUUACGUUAAUGGCAUCGGCGAUAUUCCAAGUUUAGGAUUAGUUUGUCUCUUAAAUUCUUUUACAUGGCUGGAAAAUGUCCACCAGCAGAAGCAGCCAGCCGGUCUCUUGGACUACAGUAUACACUUGUACCGACUUGUUAUAUUGUAGUUUUGAACUGUAGCAGCAUGAAUAUUGCUCGUCGCUUGAAAUA